UUUUUCCCCUGGAUUUUUAAUUGUUUAAAUUUUUUUAAAUUUUUAUUAGCAAAAAUGAAACGUUUCAAUCAACAACCAACUACCCCAACAACAUCAAACCCAAUUCCAAUCAAAAGAAAAAUACAGCCAGUGUUUCUGGGAGGAAUUGGGGGAAGUGGAAUGACUGAAAAUAGUCCAAACAAUCCUCUGUUCAAUUCUCAAUUAAAUAUUGGAAUAAAUAAUUUAAUUAAUUCGACAACAAAUUUAUUUGGAGCAAAUUCCCCCCAGCAGCAAUCCUCGCAGCAGUCGCAGGGACAACCGACACGUUUAUUUUUCAAUAAAAUUUCUGAACAAAAUAUAAAUAAACAAAUAAUUAAUGAACAAAAACAAGUAGAAGAAGAAAAAUCUAAAAAUAAUUUAAAUGGAAUUAAUUCAAAUACGUCUGCGUCAAUCAGUUCAACACAACAAACGUUGUCUGUGAAUUGUCUGUCGGUAGAAAGUCCGGAAAGAAAUUGGCAGGUGGAAGAGUUAACGCCUUUACCACAACUCAAAAGAUUAAAUUCCUCUGCAGAAUUAACUCCAUUGCUUAGACCUUCAGAUUUACAAAAUGUCCCGUCUUCAGAUUCUGUUGAUAUGGCUACUCCGCAAAUUCAAAAAUUUUUGUGUUUUGCUGUUCCUUUGUCCCCAACUUGUAAUAUCGAUCAAAUUUUAGUCAAAAAUUCAAUAAAUACCAAAAAGACGUUAAAAUAUGCCAAAAUUCAAGCUAAAUUUGCUAGAGAAUUGAGAUUUUGGACUGUCUGUACACUCGAAGACAACAAUUUGAUGAUUUUUAAUACUCAAAGUGGAAUAAACCAUUUAUCCCUCCACACGGGGGCGACUAUUGCCUUUUUGGAAAUUAAAUCUGAUUUUUGUUUGACAAUUGGAAUAAAUGGGGAAUUAAGUAUUUGGGAUUUAGAAAAAUCUACACGAAUUUUGCAGACGUCUGUAGGGACUCUACUUGCACGACAUGGAGCCCCAAUUCCUUCCCUUAAAAUUGUUCGUCUCUGCCUUUCAACCAACGGUUUACCUUUAAUUGCCCUUUCAAAUGGAGAAGUUUUUCUAUUUUCUCGUUCACUAAAUUCUUGGUUGUGUAUAAUUGUUGGACAACAAAAAUGUGGGGGAGGGCUAUUUGAUACUUCUUUGUGUUCACUUUUAACAGCAAUGCAAUUUAUAGCAAAUUCUUUACCUAAUGGAUUAAUUUCUCUUUUAAUUGGGAAAUUGCAAUUAAUUAAUGAUAAAAAUAAAUUACCUGUAAAUUCUCAAUGUGAAGAAAUGGCAGCAUCAAAUGAAGAAGCACAAUUGGAACUAUUACUUAGAGCGGCUUUUGAAUUAGAAUCACGAGAAGAAUAUCGUUUUCUUGCAGCUUUGUAUCUUCAAAAACUUGUUAAACGAGGCAAAAAAGAAAAAAUUGCCGAUUUUAUAAACGAUUUAAAAACAAAUUUGUCUUCAUUUAUUUCAUCAGAAACAAUUUUGGAAGAUAUUAGGCCAUUUAUUAAUUUUAAUAAUGAAAAAAAUGGAGAAAAUUUGGUAAAAAAUAUUUUUGAAGGAGAGGGGGAUAUAAAUAAAUUAAGAAGUGAAAAAGAAUUGGAAAGGAGUUUUUCUUGGCUUUGUUAAAAGUAAAAUUAAUUUUUUAAAAUAUUU